GAUUUUGUUCUAAAAAUGGACGAAAAAUUUGUUCAUCCAAAUAAGUUAAAUCUGGAUUCCAAUAUAAUUCUAAAUGUAUUGGACGUUUUGAAUUUAAAAAAAUUCCACGUUCAAAACUUGUAUUAUUUAGUUUAUUAUUACCAAGUUUCAUUAGAAUGUGGUGAAUUUACAAUAUCGGAAAAUAUACUUGAAACACGUAUUGUAAAUGGUGAAAUAGCUACAUUGGGUGAAUUUCCAUGGCAAGUAUCCAUACAAAGACGUGUUCGUAUUCGAAUGACUCAAAACAAUCAAAACAAUAACAAUAACAAUAUGGCCAAUGUUUCAACAUUACCAUCUUUAACCGAUCAAACAAUUAUCAUUGAUGAUAUUGAUAUUGAUAAUGAUGGUGAUGAAUCAUUAAUCAAUGAAUUUUAUUGGGAAAAAAAUCCAAUGAAUUUAUUAAUUGAAGAUCUUUUACGUGAUGCUAAUUAUAGUGAUGAACAGAUUAAAAAAUGGUUACAGAAUCCACCAUCACCACCACCAUCAAAAAAUGCUUCAACUACGACCACCACCAAUAAUAAUAUCAUUAAAGUUUAUCCACCAAGUGCAAUUAUUAAUCAAAAUUCAAUAUUAAAACCAUUACCAAUCGAUACAGUUAUUAUUGAAAGUAAAUUAUCCAAAGUUACACUAUAUCCACCUUUGCCGACAUUUCCACCUGAUCAUGUAUUUCCACCGCCAUCAAAACAUUCGAAUGAUUCGAUUAAACAUCCCGUAUCAUCAUCAUCACCUCGACCAUCAAUUCCAAAUCCAAUUAUAUCGACGAGUACAACUCAACAUCAUUAUCCCGUAUCAUCAUCAACGCCAUUGCCAUCAACACGACCUUCGAUUCCAACAUUUCCAAGUUCGAGUACAACUCAACAACGUUAUCCCGUAUCAUCAUCAUCAUCAUCAUCGCCAUCAUCAUCAUCAUCAUCGAUAAUAACAUUUCCACCAAUUUCAACGAUUACAUCAACACAUAAACCUACUAUAACAUUUCCACCAUUUCCAUCAUCAUUUCCGCCGAUAAUAAUUUCAACACCAAAACAAUGGACAUGGUCACCAUCAAUAACGAAUAAACCGCCAACAAUGCCACCACCUAUUCCAACUAAAUCACCAUUACCAACAUGGUCACCGCCAACAUUACCGCCAUCCUUACCAUCAUCUAAACCACCGAAAAUUCCGCCAAUAAUUUUGCCAAUUCCCACUUUACCACCUUCGCCACCACCAACAAAGCAACCUCAGCCUCAGCCUUCUCCACCACCACCACCACCAAUUAACAAUCCUGAAUGGCAAUGGAAAUGGCAACAUUUUUGUGGUGGAUCAAUAAUCAGUAAUCAAUGGAUUAUGACAGCAGCUCAUUGUGUUGAAAGCAUGAAAAACGUUUAUACACCUGGAAUGAUACAAAUAAUGGCCGGUUCAACAAAUUGGCGUCAACCAGAUUCCGAACAUGCUGUACAAAUUGAUGUUGAUCGUAUUAUUGUGCAUGAAGGUUGGCGACAACGUACCGGACAAAAUGAUAUUGCACUUUUACAUUUAUCACGGCCAAUCAAAUAUGUUGAAAAAGAUAAAAUCUAUAUUAAUAAUAUAUGUCUGUCAUUACAAACACAACAUGAAUAUGAUGGAAUGGUUAGUUCAAGUGGUUGGGGUUUUGUUUCUAAAGAUAAUCGUAUUACACCUGAAUUAAUGAGACGUGUUGAUCUUAUGGUUGUUGAUCAUAAUACUUGUCAUCAAGCAUUCAAUAGAGUAAUACAGGUAACAACUAAUCAAGUUUGUGCUGGUCGAUCACAUCGUGGUAAUUGUAUGGGUGAUUCAGGUGGACCAUUAAUUUUAAAAAAAGGAAAUCGUGCCAUACAAAUUGGUAUUGUAUCAUUUUCAAUUCCAUGUGCUGUUCCUGGUUAUCCGGAUGUUUUUACACGUGUUUCCAAAUAUAUUGAUUGGAUAUCAAAAAAUACUGGUAUCAAUUUUCGUGAAUAAAAUAUUAUCAUUAUC